AUGGUCGCCUCUUUGGCUGGAAACAUCAAGGUGUUCUCGGGAACUUCGCACCCGGAAUUAGCACAGCUGGUAGCGAAACGGCUGGGACAACCGCUAGGCCGGGCUACAGUGACGCGCAACGAUGCUGGAGAGUCGAUUGUGCGAAUAGCAGAAUCGGUACGAGAGCACGAUGUGUACAUCAUCAACACUUCUUGCGUCUCACCGACACCCUCAGGAUCAGCAGCAUCUCCCAACACUUCGUUGAUGGAGCUUUUGAUCAUGAUUCACGCUUGCAAGACUGCAAGCGCAAAGAGAAUCACUGCCGUCAUUCCCCACUUUUUCUACGCCAGGCAGGACAAGAAGGACAAGAGUCGAGCUCCCAUCACUGCAAAGCUGAUUGCAAACAUGAUCGAAAAUGCGGGAUGCGAUCAUGUAAUCACCAUGGACCUUCACGCAUCCCAGAUCCAGGGUUUCUUCAACGUGCCUGUCGACAAUCUGUAUGCGGAGCCCGCGGCGCUUCAGUACAUCCGGGAGAUGGUGGACUGCUCAAAAGCUGUCAUCGUAUCUCCAGAUGCGGGGGGUGCCAAGAGAGCCACCUCGCUCGCAGACCGGCUUGAGGUGGAUUUUGCUCUCUUCCACAAGGAGAGGAAAAAGGCCAACGAAGUGUCACGGAUGGUUUUGGUCGGCAAUGUGAAGGGCAAGGUAGCAAUCUUGGUGGACGAUAUGGCCGACACGUGUGGGACUCUGGAUCUAGCUGCACAGCAAUUGGCGGAAAGCGGAGCUGAAAGGGUUCUUGCUAUCGUCACGCACGGAAUUCUGAGCCCGCCUGCCAUUGAAAGGAUAUCCAAGUCUAGUCUGGAGAAGCUGGUGGUGACCAACACUUUGCCUCAAGCUGCGAAUCGAGCCAGGUGUCCCAAGAUCGAUGAGAUCGAUAUCAGCCAUGUCCUCGCUGAGACCAUCAGACGAUCGCACCAUGGCGAAAGUGUUUCGGUGCUUUUCAACGAGAUUCCUUACGACACGACACAGCCGUACAGGCACGGCCUUGACACUCCUGGUGGAAGUCCCCCGAGGUCUGGGCUGACUGGCGAAAGCUUCCACAGCGCAUUCAAGCCUAGUCCAUACAAUGAUCCGGACCCCCCAUCUCGAGCCAAUUACUUUGCGGAUACAUCCUCUUCAGGAUCUGGCUCACUGCCCCCCACUCUUGCGGCGCUUUCGACCCAGACGCAAGCCGGUUCGUCCACCCAUCAAAUACAGCAUGCCAGUGCAGAAGGUAGAUCUACCGUCACGCCUCCUACACCCUCCGCACCACUGCCAGAAGAUGCAACCCCCAAAGCGCUGACCAACAAAGCUAGGGAGCCGAGUCCACUUACAAGGGAAUUCUCCGCCUCCUAG